AUGGCCACCAGAGACCUGGCGGUGGGAGUGAUCUUUCUAGUGCAGACGUUAGUUGGAAUUCUGGGCAAUUUCUACCUUCUUUAUCACUAUCUCUUCUUUUCCUUGACAGGAAGCAGGUUGAGAUCCACAGAUCCGAUCCUCAAGCACAUGACAGUUGCCAACCUCUUAGUCAUUCUCUCAAAAGGCAUCCCCCAGACGAUGGCAGCUUUGGGACUAAAGGACUUCCUCGGUGCUUUGGGCUGCAAACUUGUUUUCUGUGCUCACAAGGUGGGCAGAGGCGUGUCCAUGGGCACCACCUGCCUCCUGAGCGUCUUCCAGGCUGUCACCAUCAGCCCCCGGGGCUCCUGGUGGGCAGGGCUGAAGGACAAAGCUCCCAGGUACCUGGGAACCACCAGCAUCCUCUGCUGGUUCCUGAACAUGUCACUAAAUCUCAUAGUCCCUGUGUUUGUGACAGAGAGAUCAGGUGGCACAAACGUGACAAGGACAAGAGAUUAUGGGUACUGUCAUGCAGUCACUCACUAUAAAAUUAUAGAGACUCCAUAUUUAAUACUGGCAUCGUCCCAUGACGUGCUGUGUGUGGGGCUUAUGGUCUGGGCCAGCGGCUCCAUGGUGUGCACCCUGCACCGGCACAGGCAACGGGUCCGGCACCUUCAUAGGAGCAGCGUAGGGGACCCCCGGCACCCCCCCGAGACCAGAGCCACCCAGAGCAUCCUGGUCCUGGUGAGCACGUUUGCAUUGCUGUGCACCCUCUCUGUUGCCUUCCAGACCUGUAUGACUAUUUCUAAAAAUCCCAGCACGUGGCUGGUGGUGACCUCUGUACUGCUCGCAGCCUGCUUCCCCACUGCCAGCCCCUACAUCCUCAUGCGCCACGACUCCAGAGUACUGGGGCUCUGCUUUCCAAGAAAAUGA